UCAGGGUAUUUAAUGAGCUUAAAUCACUAGGUAAAAAUAAAAUUGGUAAAUCUAUCCAGCCAUAUAAUAUCCUCAUAUCAGAUUAACAUUGCAAGAGAAACAUAGGGUAAUUAACCUUUUCCAAAUCCUCUCUGUCUGCAUCUCCCUCACAGGAAAUACAUCACUGUCUCUGUGGUCGACGAUGAGGAAUACGAGAAGGAGGAGAACUUCUUCAUCGAGCUGGGCAUGCCUAAGCUGGUCAGGAGAGGUAAUGAGGACACGGUCGAAGCAAAGGAGGGGCUUGCGGCCGAUACCAAAAUGGGCCCCAGGGCAAAGAAGAAAUUUCUGAAGAAGAAACAGAAGAAGAACAAGACAGUGCUGUUUACAGGAAGUGAUGACGAGUCGAUCACCAGUGAGAAGGACGAGAAGAUCAAACUGAUGAUGUCUGAGGAAGAACAAAGGAUCGCUGACAUGGGAAAACCAAUGCUUGGCGAGAUCAGAAUUCUGGAGGUCAAAAUCCAUGAGAGCACAGAAUUCAAGAAUACCGUUGACAAGCUCAUCAAGAAAACCAAUGUCUCAUUAAUGAUUGGGACAUCUUCAUGGAGAGAGCAGUUUGCUGAGGCACUCACUGUCAGCGCAGGAACAGGUGAUGAUGGCGCAGAUGGGGAAGAGAAGCUGCCCUCGUGUGGGGACUACGUCAUGCACUUCUUGACCAUCUUCUGGAAGAUCCUCUUUGCGUUCAUCCCACCGACCGACUACCUGGGCGGCUGGGCUUGCUUCACGUCUGCCAUCAUGGUCAUCGCUGGUCUGACCGCCAUCAUCACUGACCUUGCCUCUCACUUCGGUUGCACCAUCAACCUCAAGGAUAGUGUCACUGCUAUCUCGUUUGUGGCCCUUGGUACCAGUGUUCCAGACACAUUUGCCAGCAAAACAGCAGCUGUUGGUGACAAGUAUGCAGAUGCCAGCGUGGGCAAUGUUACUGGGAGCAACGCAGUAAACGUUUUCUUAGGUAUCGGUGUAGCAUGGACUAUCGCCGCUAUCUACCACGCCAUACAUAACCGGCCCUUUACGGUGGAGCCAGGAAACCUUGGCUUCUCUGUGACGGUGUUCAGUGUGUUUGCGGUCCUUGCCAUCUCCGCGCUUAUGGUGCGGCGGAAGAUACCCAGCAUCGGCGGCGAGUUGGGAGGUCCCAACAAUUCAAAACUCAUAUCUUCAAUGUGCUUUGUCAGCCUGUGGUUCCUCUACCUGAUCCUCUGCAGCCUGGAAGCCUAUGGAUUCAUCGAGGGCUUCUGAGGGUGCUGUACUAAAUUGUCUUCUUGUUCUAUUCAGGUACCUGUUUUUGUUCUCCAUCCUUCUGCAACUGUUGGCUGUGGAGUGUUCACCGUACAUGCCUCGUACGCAGGAAGAUGUGAUGUUCCACUCCAGCUACGGGAGCCAGAUCUCCCGGCCCAUCCGGAGCAAUAUUUAUGCAGGAAGCGUUUGAGGAUGCCAUCUCUAUAACAUUAGCAUUACUUCUUGCAAGAGACAUUAUUCUGACAAGCUGUUGUCAUCCAUCGUUGAUGGCUUGUUUUGAGCUCUUGGGAAGUCUUCAAGAUGGCGUUUCUCGGUGAAGGCAACCAUCAUUGGUAGCAAGUACGUGCACCUUGUGGAAUACAGCAACGCCGCAGUUGGCAAAAAAGAACGCACAUUGCAUUGUCUGCACCAUUGGUUGAUGUCAGACCCACUCUUUCAGUGAAAGACAUUUGUGAGGGAGGCUGUGAAACAGUUGUAAUGAUGAUUAUGUUAAUCUGAAGACUCAGUAAACGAGGAGAGUGCAGUGUAUUCAGGAGAAGGCUUUUAUCAUUUUUAUUCCAUGUUUUUGUAUGUGCAGGUUAUUUAGCUCUUUAGUUUAAAGGGAAGUGAGAC